AUGGAACAAGUGUCUCUAUCGCGACCCUACGGUCCUUUCGAGUUAAUCGAUUGGGAACAUGAGUAUCAGUUGAAUUCGGACUUCCAGAAACGGCGACUUCAAUCGUCGAACCGAUUCCAACAAUUCAUAUACACAAACCAACGAUGGCUUUUACUCAUAGGAGCAUCAAUUAUCAUGGCAUUACUUACAAUUGCCAUAGACUAUUCGUCGAUGUUUCUACACGGUCUUCGAUCAGGUGUCUGUAAGUCAAAUGUGCUGACACCAGCCUAUGAAUGUGACGAUCUCGCUGAUUGGUCCACCUUCUUCUUGUUUUUCACAGAUAGCACCAUGCUGCGCAAAAUUAACGACUUCAUUGUCUACUUAACAAAUGUGUUGAUCUUGACUCUUUUCGGAUCCCUUUUAGCCACCAAACACAAGUACAUUGCUCGUGGAGGUAUACCGGAAGUCAAACUAUUUCUAUCUGGAGCAAAUAUACCUGGGUUUCUUCAGCCUAGUGCAAUUGCCUCCAAAGUAUUGAGUUUGGUUCUGAUUCUAUCUGGUGGAUUAUUCCUCGGUCUGGAGGGUCCGCUUGUUCAUAUAUCCAUGGGUGUUCUAGACUUCUUGAUUACCAAGUUCUCGCCUACCAAGAAUGAAGCCAUCAGAAGGGAAUUACUCUCGUCGACGGUUGCCAUUGGCAUUGGGCUCGCUUUCAAUGCACCAAUUGGAGGAGUCCUUUUUGCACUCGAGCAGAUCCAGUCCGCGUUUCCGGUCGAUAAGAUGAUGUGGAAUGCAUUUGUUUGCUCGACGGUGGGAGUAACCGUACUGCAGAAAUUGCACCCAUACAUGAAGAUGGACAUUGAUGAGAUGUUCACCGUCUCGUGGAAAAAUAACUGGUUGUCCUGGGAGACUGUGCCAUAUAUGUUCUUGGGAUUACUGUGUGGUGUACUCGGAGUGAUCUUUUCAAAACUCAACAUCUACUUUGCAACUUUCAGGAAAACACGCCUGGACAAUCCAAAAUUGAAAGUGGUGGAGGUGAUUGUGGUUUCAGUUCUUGGUGCAGUUGUUGGCUAUUUUUCCAAGUACUCCAUGUUUUCGCUUCCAAAGAUGCUGCAGCAGCUAUUUGACAAUUGUGCCGAUACGUCUGCCAAUCUGCUGUGUCCCAAGGAGUCAGAAAUCCCCUACGGUCUCUUUACGCUCUUACUGGCUGGAACAGUUCAGAGCUUCAUUCUCAGUUCUUAUACAUAUGGAUGCAACGUUCCCGGUGGACUUUUGCUACCAUGUUUGAUUAUAGGUGGAUCUGUUGGCCGUCUGGUUGGAUUGUUGCUACAGACUAUUCAAAAUGAAGUUGUGACAUCUGCAUUGCAUAUCCAAUGUCUCAACGAGAAAAAGUGUAUCUCUGUUGCAUCUUAUGCUGUUGUUGGAGCGGGUUCAUUUGCCGCUGCGGUUUUCAAGAUGAAUGUCACUAUGGUUGUGAUCCUCUUUGAGCUCACAGGAGCGGUGACAUAUAUGAUCCCGAUCAUGAUGGGAGUUUUCUGUGCCCGUUUUCUCAACGACAUGUUGAUUGACAUGAGCAUUUAUGAGCUCUGGCUGGAAAAUGCAGAGAUGCCGUACCUAGCACCGAACAUUGAGGACAGAUUGACCCAUCCUGAAUAUGCGAUUACCAACUGUGAUAUGCAGAUGCUCUCUAUCGAAGAAUUUGCAAGCCUGACUGAUGACGGUACAUUGACCCUGAACGAUAUAGAACGGCUACCGGAACAACAAGGAUAUCCUGUGGUAAGAAACGAUGACCUUGUUGGCUACAUUUCAAGCUUCAGUCUCCGGUCGGAAUUAGCGAAACUGAAAGCUGACAACAUUGUAUCGUUUGACUCUGUUGUAACGUUUGACCAUUCAAAAUAUGGUUGCCACAGUCUUCAGGCUCUUAUGGUUGAUUUGAGUCUUUUGCAGAUCGUGAACGGCGACACCAAGUUCCUGACUGCUUGUCAGAUGAUGGACCAAUUAUGGCUCGAAUGCGUUUUUGUUUGCUGGCAGGGCAGUCAUAAAUUGCGCGGUAUCAUUUAUCGAGACAAGGUUGAAAAUUGA